CUUAGGGGCUUGGAGUCCCCCCAGUGCCAUCAUGUCCGAGCCACGAGCCUUGGGUUCGAGCCUCGACCCCUGAGUGACCUUGGACGACGCGCUGUCCCUUCAUCCCGGGCUUCAGUUUCCUCAGGGUUCAUUCAUUCGUUCAACAAAUCUAAUGCCUGCUGCAUGCCAGGCACAGAACUAGGCCAAAGAGGCAUCCGCCCUCAUGGAGUUUACAGUCAGAUGGAGACAACCAUGACAAGAGGGUCACGCAGCACAAUGCCAGCUCUGCCCCUGGAUCAACUCCAGAUCACCCACAAGGACCCGAAGACAGGAAAGCUGAGGACUUCACCAGCGCUGCACCCCGAGCAGAAGGCAGACCGGUAUUUUGUGUUAUACAAACCGCCCCCUAAAGACAACAUUCCCGCCCUAGUGGAGGAGUACCUGGAACGCGCCACCUUCGUAGCCAAUGACCUCGACUGGCUCCUGGCCUUGCCUCACGAUAAAUUCUGGUGCCAGGUUAUCUUUGACGAGACUGUGCAGAAGUGCCUGGACUCUUACCUGCGCUAUGUCCCCCGAAAGUUUGAUGAAUGGGUGGCUCCAGCCCCUGAGGUUGUUGAUAUGCAGAAGCGCCUCCAUCGAAGUGUUUUUCUCACCUUCCUCCGCAUGUCCACUCACAAGGAAUCCAAAGAUCACUUCUUUUCCCCCUCUGCUUUUGGAGAAUUCCUCUACGAACACUUUCUCUUUGACAUCCCAAAGAUCCUGGACCUCUGUGUGCUCUUUGGAAAAGGCAAUUCGCCAUUGCUCCAGAAGAUGAUAGGAAACAUCUUUAUCCAGCAGCCAAGCUACUAUAAUGACUUGAAUGAAACCAUGCCUACCAUCCUUCAGGUCUUCAGCAAUAUCCUCCAGCAAUGUGGUUUGCAAGGGGAUGGGGCCAGCACCACACCCCAGAAGCUUGAGGAAAGAGGCCGAUUGACUCCCAGCUACAUGCCUCUCCUGGAAUUAAAAGACAUUGUUCUCUACCUUUGUGAUACGUGCACUACACUGUGGGCCUUUCUGGACAUAUUCCCUUUGGCUUGCCAAACCUUCCAGAAACACGACUUCUGUUACAGAAUAGCCUCCUUUUAUGAAAUAGCAAUUCCUGAACUGGAGUCUGCAAUUAAGAAGAGGAGACUUGAAGAUAGCAAGUUGUUAGGUGACCUCUGGCAAAGGCUGUCCCAUUCCAGGAAGAAACUAUUGGAGAUUUUUCACAUUCUCAUGAACCAGAUCUGCCUUCUCCCUGUCCUUGAAAGCAGCUGUGACAACAUUCAGGGCUUCAUCGAAGAGUUCCUUCAGAUCUUCAGCUCCUUGCUGCAGGAGAGAAGGUUCCUCCGGGACUAUGAUGCCCUCUUCCCUGUGGCUGAUGAUGUCAGCUUACUGCAGCAGGCCUCUUCAGUCUUGGACGAGACGCGAACUGCCUACAUCUUACAGGCAGUCGAAAGUGCGUGGGAAGGGGUAGACCGACAGAAGGCCACUGUUGGUAAAGACCCACCCGCUACUGCCGAGGACCCUAAUGGGAUCAUGGUGACAGCAGAGCCAGUCCGUGGAAUAUCAUCACAUCCAGAGAACUCAGAGGAAGAGGAGUGCCUGGGGGCGGCUGCUGCCCUGGGCCCCCCUGUAUGUGGCGUGGAGCUGGACUCCCUCAUCUCCCAAGUGAAGGACCUGCUGCCAGACCUUGGUGAGGGUUUCAUCCUGGCCUGCCUGGAACACUACAGCUAUGACCCGGAGCAGGUGAUCAACAACAUCCUGGAGGAGCGGCUGGCCCCUGCCCUCAGCCAGCUGGACCACAGCCUAGACAGACAGGUGAAACCAGACCCAACACCUCUGCUGACAUCUCGUCAUAACAUCUUCCAGAAUGAUGAGUUUGAUGUGUUCAGCAGGGACUCAGUGGACCUGAGCCGGGUACACAAGGGCAGGAGGAAGGAGGCGAACACUCGGAAACUGCUGAACGACAAGCGGGAGGUGGCAGCACAGCGGCAACGCUAUGAGCAGUACAGCGUGGUGGUGGAGGAGGUGCCGCUGCAGCCAGGUGAGAGCCUGUCUUACCGGGGUGACGACUAUGAGGAUGAGUAUGAUGACACCUACGAUGGCAACCAGGUGGGCGCCAAUGAUGCCGACUCGGAUGAUGAGCUCAUCAGUCGCAGGCCCUUCACCAUCCCUCAGGUGCUGAGAACCAAAGUGCCCAGAGAAGGGCAGGAGGAGGAGGAGGACAAUGAGGAGGAGGUGGAUGAAGAGGCCCCCAAGCCUGACCAUUUUGUGCAGGACCCUGCAGUGCUGCGGGAGAAAGCAGAAGCCAGGCGCAUGGCCUUCCUCGCCAGGAAGGGGUACCGUCAUGACAGCUCUACAGCAGUGGCCGGCAACCCUCGGGGCCAUGGGCAGAACCGGGAGACAACCCAGGAACGUAGGAAGAAGGAAGCCAAUAAGGCAACACGAGCCAACCACAACCGGAGAACCAUGGCCGACCGAAAGAGAAGCAAAGGGAUGAUCCCAUCCUGAGGCCUCUGUGCCUGAGCCAGCAGCUGGGAGGCAGCAGCACCAGAUCCUCCAGCUGCAUUACCAUUACCUGGGGUCUCCUGACCAGUUGGCCCCUGCCUGGGCCCCAGUUUCUACUCCACCCCUCAACAGCCUCAGCUUUGCAGCCCCUGAGAAGGCCGCCUCCUCAUCCACCAGCCAGCCGUGAGCGCCUUCUUACAGAACACACAGUGCCUUACCCCACAGCAGAGGAACCUGUGGGGCCAGCAAGCAGGCAAAAGGGGCAGGGAUAGAGCCCCAAGGCAAGCCCCUCGGAUCUCGUGCAGCAAGAUACCACUUCCCUUUUGCCCUGGACAGCAGGAACCUUGUAUAUUCAAAAACAGAGGCCUGCGAAUAAAGUUUUUGACCCUCGAGCAAUGAUCCAUGAUGUGCGGUGACCCAUCCCCCAUUCUUCAGUGACAGCUGCCACCUGGGGAAGAAGAGGUCAAAAUGAUCACUGUGCUCUUUUCAUCGACCUUUCGUUAUUGCCUCUCCUGUUAACCCUCCUGAUGUUCUGACUUGCUGUGUGACCCUGAGAUCCCACUUCUCUGAGCCUCUGGUCCUGGCCUGUGGAAGGAAGGGCUGAGGGGGUGUGGCCAUGGUUCUUCCUGUUACCUCAUUCAGUCCCCCAUGACCUCCACCCUAGGAGGAAGGUACUAUGUUCAGCCCCAUAGUACAGAUGAGGAAGGUGAGGCACUGAGAGCUGAGAUGUCUGCCCAGGCCAUAGCCAGGAAGUGGCAGAACAGGGGUUGGAUACUCAGUCUGACCUCUGACCAUGAGAGGGUUCUAGAUGCCCACAAGUGGUGUCCUCUCCAUCUCAUAGUUGGCAAGAGGACACUUGCCCAGAGCAGAGCCAGUAUCAGAACUUGGUGCCUCCUGCUUGUACAUGCACUCUGUUAAACCCUUCAAAAUUGAAGGGCCGGAGAUGAGAAGAAAUGAGAUGUCACUGCCAAGUCCUGUUGAAUUGAGUGGGACUUAGGCCGCUUCUCUCCAGCUCCCCUUCCAGGCAUGGCCAACUGACUCCUGGCAUGGCAGCAGCUGCCUGAACUCCCCACUCCCACAAUGUUGCUGAUUAAUAGUGGAUCAACAGUCAGGCCUUGGCUGGCCUGGCCUGGAGUCCGUCAGAGGAAGCCAGGUCCCCCUCCCGGCUAGACCUUGACAAAUCACCCUAGAUGCUAGUGCAAUUUAUUUGCACGUGGUUAGGAUGAGCAUCUGAAGCAGUAGGCAGACAGGCACUUGACGAAUUGGUUUUCUUAGGUCAGCCCACACAAGUGAAAAUCAAUAGCAAUUCCUCUGUCUCCAGCCAGUUCUCUUGGUGCCUUUGAGAUGCAGAGCAGAUGUGGGGGUGGUGUCAUCUCACACUGCUGAAUUAGCUGAGAUCAGGCCUGGGUUAGCCGUCCUGACAGGCAGCAGGAAGACUCUGUUUCCUCCCAGGGACAUUUGCCUGGAAGUAAGCUCAGUGGCAGGACCCUGGUCCAAGCUCUUAGCCCUGGAACAAGGUGAAUGGAAGAGUUGGGGGAGCUCCUGGGCUUUACCUGCCUUACCUGUUACUGUUUAUACAGCCUCUCUCACCUACACUUUGUCAUCUGUACCUCCCAACCACCAGAGUGGUGUGCAGGCUUCACAUUAGCAUCCUGAAUUAAGGGAUUGGGGAAGACAGGUAGUUUUUCCAAAUAUUCUGGAAUGCAAUGCCAGGUCAAACUUAGUCUCUCGUGAGGAACUGUGUACUUUUCAACCCUUUCAGGGUUGCUUUGCAAACAGCUCAGGGGGAAUCCAGAAUGGUGCUGGAAGGCACACCCCAUCACUUCUUGGGAACUUUCCCAUCUAAAUGUCAGACUAGGUGAAUGGUUUCCAUUUUGUACCAAUUAAAUCCUCUGUGGAGGCCCUGAGGUUUGAGAUGGGCCAUUGCAGAAGUGUUAAUAAGUGAAAUGAACCCUGCCACUUGGUCACUGGGCCCCACCGCCCCAAUACUGCUCCUAAGUAGGAAUUUUCUAAGUGCCUUCUCUGUACCCUGGCAGAGAACAUGACUUACAGGCAUUUCCAGGAAGUUUUUAAAGCCUGUGUCUCUGAGAGGACUUAAGACUUGAGUGUCUUUGUUUCUAGUCCAUGAGUGGCAAUGAUGGUGGAUGUGUUUGUUUUGAACAGUGCUUCUGUGGCUCUGUGAGGUGGGUGGGGAAGAGCUUAUCACUCUUUAUCAAAGGGGACUUGGGAGCCUAGGGAGGACAAGUAACUUGCCCAGAGCCCAUGGCAAGUUAGCAGCAGAGUCUCGAUGCAGAUCUUUUCUGUGUGCCCCCCAUGGCAGAUGCAAUCUGGAAGAAUAAAUGAUUUGAGAAAACCUGCCUGCCCCUGCCACACCAGGUUAAAUAAUAUAGAUAAGGAAACAAAAGUGAACCCACUAAAAAGUCGGGGCCGGGGGUUGCUCUAUAACCCUUUAAAAUGAUGUCAAUUACAAGACUUGUCGCAACUUGGAAACUAAAUAUUCAAGAAUAAAAUUUUUUAAAGAAUAAAUUUGAAAGCAGAAUACAUAUGGCAAUAUGCCACAAUUGUGAAAAUGUUUUUUAAAAAUGCAUACUGACCACAUCUAGAAGGGAUUGUACAUAAAUGAAAAAUGAUGGUGAGAGCAUGAAUGAUGGUGGUGGUGAGACCAUGGUGAUUUGUAAUAAUAAAGCAUUUACUGAGCUCUUGCCAUAGCCAGAGUUUCUGGUGGGCUCUGUUCUUGUAUUAGUGUGUUGAAUUCUCACAAAGUAGGUGCACAUGAGGAAAGUAAGGUCAGAGAAGGUAGGUGACUUUCCCAAGGUUAGUAAGUGACCCGAGAAAUUCAGUCCCAAGAUUUUCUCCUAAAGCUCAUACUCAAUCCAGAAUCCACCUGACAUUCCUCCCUUUCCCCCACAUCUGCAUCUUUGUUGAUGUUCUUACAAAAAAGGGGAAAAAAUCCAAAUAAGAUAACUGCAGAACAAGAAGAUAAGAAAUCC